AUGGCCGGCGCCUCCGACUCCGACCACCACGCCACUGCCAAGACCGCGCCGGCGCAGGCACCCCCGGCGCCGGCGUCCCCGUCGCCGUCGCCGGCUCCCGCCGCGCGCACCCGCCUCCACGACUUCUCCUUCCCGACGCUCAGCUGGGGCACGCACCGCCUGCUCCGCUGCUCCAAGGAUGGCGCCUCCGCGUCCCCGCCGCCGCACCCGCAGACGCCAUCGCCCGGGAAGGAGAAGCCCCAGGGCCAGCAUGGCUCCCCCGGCGCCACGGGCGCGUCGCAGCCGCCGCGCCCAUGGAACCUCCGCACCCGCCGCUCCGCCACCGUCGCGCCGCUCGCGUCGAGAUCGGAGGGCACCUGGAAGGCGGCGGCGGGGCAGGCGCACCAGUCGCUCGCGUCGCCGCCGGCGGUGGCGAUGAAGAGGGGCUUCUCCGCCUCGCUGACCAAGGAGGAGAUCGCCGAGGACUUCGCCGCCAUCCGCGGCACGCGCCCGCCGCGCCGGCCCAAGAAGCGCCCGCGCGCCGUGCAGCGCCAGCUCGACAUGCUGUACCCGGGAUUAUCUCUCGCCGACGUGAAUCUGGACUCGUACAAGAUCGAGGAGAGGUGA